CAACGUUACCUGGACGCUAUUUAUUUUUUAAAAAAAAAGUAAUAGUCCAAAUCGUCAAAAAAUUGUAUAUUUCCUUCUUGUUUCACUAACUUCCAGUCUGAACAACAAUCAAGGCACUGCUUAAGCUUCAACGGAAUAUUAACAUUUAACACCAUGGAAGCCGUCCAACUCAUGUCCACCACAACAAUCAAGGCGUCGAGUAACAAUUACAACGAUAACUCAGUUCAGAAAAUCGAUUUAACUCCGUGGGAUCUCCAAUUCUUCCAUAUUGGAAGCAUCCAAAGAGGACUUCUUUUUCGCAAAGAAAAAAACACAGAAUAUUGUCAAAUCGAGCAUCUCCAACACUCACUUUCAUCCACUCUCGCAUUCUUUCCACUCCUCGCUGGCCGUCUUGCCAUUCUCGAACAUCACGACAACACUGUCUCCUCUCACAUCGUAUGCGACAACAAAGGUGUCCCUUUUGUCCACGCCGCUGCACACAACACCACUGUGGCCGACAUCCUUCAACCCAAAUACGUUCCUCCCAUUCUCCGAUCGUUCUUCGCACUUAACGGAGUUAAGAACUACGAAGCCACGUCACAACCAGUGCUGGCAGUGCAAGUGACAGAGCUAUUUGAUGGCAUCUUCAUUGCCCUCUCAAUCAACCACGUCGUUGCAGACGGCAAGUCGUUUUGGCUUUUCGUCAAUUCCUGGGCUGAAAUUUCACGUGGUUCCCUCAAAAUAUCCAAAUUCCCUUCUCUAAAACGUUGCUUUUUGGAUGGCGUUGACCGCCCCAUAAGGUUUCUGUUCACAAAGGAAUUAGAAAAAGAACCGUCCAAAAACCUUCAACCACAAACUCGACCUGUGAGGGUCUUCCACUUCACGAAGGAAAAAAUCGCGGAUCUGAAAUCAAAAGCUAACGCAGAGGCCAACACGGACAAAAUAUCUUCUCUGCAAGCGCUAUUAGCUAACCUUUGGCGUUCUGUGAUUCGCUGCCAACAUGUUGAGCCACAUGAAGAGAUUCAGUUUACAAUGCCCGUUGGCGUUAGACCAAGGGUAGUUCCGCCACUGCCAGAAGAUUAUUUCGGAAACGCAGCACUGAUUGGUCGUGUUACCAUGAAAGCGGGAGAACUAUUACAAGGUGAGCUUGGAAAGAUUGCUUUGGAGAUUAACAAGAUGAUUUCUUCGCAAUCUGAUGAGAAGGUAAAGAACCACUAUGAGUCUUGGGCGAGAACACCACGGCAGCGUGGCGUGGCUUAUAGUAAUACCUUAAACGUUGGCAGUUCCCCAAGGUUCAAUAUUUACGGCAAUGAUUUUGGGUGGGGAAAGCCCAUGGCGGUUCGAAGUGGCGGUGAUUUUAUGUCGUAUUCCAUUGUUUUUUUGUUUGCUGGCUUUGAAGAAGGUUCUAUUGACAUUGAAGUGUUCCUUCCUUAUGAGAUUUUAGAGGCCAUGGGAAACGACCCUGAGUUCAUGCAUAUAUGUCAUUCUGAAUGAAUGAAUGAUUGAUUAUAUCUUAGUUUCUGAUUUUCAGGUUCAGCUCUGUUAUUAAUAAAGAUGUUUGUUAUUCAGUCUAUUUGUAACUCUUAACUCUGAACUUGAUAUUAUAAAGGUCAGGGAACACAACUUAAGAGGUAACCAGAAGUGGAGAAAAGUUUGAUUUGCUCAACAAUUGGAUGUUGAAAAAAAACUUUGAACAUAUAACUAUGAUCAUAUUAUGAGUGGUUGUCAAA